AUGCUGAGUGGUCGGAGGCAGCGGCCGCGGCCAACCGCACACCCGAAGGAGCUACCUCCUUGCCGAGGUCCAAAGCUGCGAGCCUUUCGCCACCACGAUUCGCCUAUCGAGUGGCUAGGGAGACUCGAUGCAGGCUCCGGCUUCCCUCUGGAGGAUUCUGAUUCGGGGCGUCAGGGAUACGUAUUCAAGGUUAGGAUCGAGUCGGAGCUCUAUGCUUUGAAAGUGUUCAAAUUUUAUAACGCAGAGGACUCGAGAUGGUCUUGGGAAGCUUAUGUGUCAGGGGAUGAUCCCAAACGUCUCGCCGAGCUUCAUUUAGACCCCUUCUACGCCGAAUGCCGCGCAUAUGGUCGAAUACAUAUGGCCAAAAGUCAAGGCAAGAUCAAACGCGAUAUAGGCGUACCAUGUUACGGCUUCAUCUAUCUUGAUGAUCGCUACCGCAAACAGCUAGACGAAUACGGAGUUGAUUUAGACGAGAGCUGUCUCGACAGCGAUGCUUCUGCCAACUCGUCCCCAACGCCAGGGGCGAGGAGGGCAACUACAAGCCGGCCGAUACGAAGCAUCGUUAAAAAACUAGCCUCGUCAGAUCCAGGCAUAACAUAUAAGACUAUCGAGAAUAUCAGAAAGGACAUUCAAGAGCUAAAUCGACUCGAGGUGUACAACACUGACAUUCGGAGGGAUAACUUUUGUGACGGCAAAGAAUGGCUACUUGUCUAA